AUGAGUGCCCCGCGACGUGUCGUCAAGCUUCUGCAGUUCUCUGGAUCCUACCUAAAUGUGGCCUGGACGCGGAAGUUCAUCCUUGGCUCCCUGCUGCAACGCUACAACCCCACACCGGCCGGCGGCGGUGGGGCGCCUGCUGCUGCUGCUGCCGCCGCCGCCGCCGCCGCGUCCUCUCCUUCCCCCAAGCUGACGCGCGAGGGUGCCGCGUUAGAGAAGGAGCUGCUUAGGCUGCAGCGCAUGCUCGGGGAGGUGUGGUCGCUUCCGGUGCGGCCCUUGGACGCCGUGAGCGAGUCUCGCAUUCUUCGGCUCCUCGCGCGGUACGCCGCCGGCGACGGGGUUCUCGCGACGGAUGCGUUGGAGGAGCUGAAUAGGGUGCUCGCCUGCAUUCACGGCGCCCCGCGUGGCGUGGAGGAUCCGCGGCGGAUGGAGCGUCUCCUUCAGGCGCUGCAGUACGUGGAGCCCGACGACAACCUGCGCCGCGUGGCAUUUGCGGGGGAGCUGCACUAUCCGCCCAGUGCCCUCGCGCACAUGCAGAGCCACCUGACGGAGGAGCUCCAGCAGGACGGCGGCGACCCCUUCGACGGCCUUCGGCAGCAUCUGCAGGGGCCAGCGUACGCCAUCGACUCCGCCACCACCUCCGAGGUGGACGACGCGAUUGGGGUGCACACGGACCCGGCGACGGGGAAGGAGUACUUCGUGGUGUACGUCUCGGACGCCACCGUCUACUGCCCCUUCGACAGCGCGCUGGAGCAGCUCACGGCGCGGCUCCUGACCACCACGACGUACCUGCCGGAGGGAGUCUUCUUUAUGCUGCCGAAGCCGAUUGUGGAGGCGGCGACGCUGCGCGAGGACCGGCCGUGCCGGACGUUCAACAUUCGCUUUCAGAUCGACGACGCGACGGGGGAGCUGAAGAACUACAGCGUCGGCGUCGGUUGGCUGAAGCAGCUGCGCCGCCUCACCUACGACGCGGUGCAGGCUCUCUACGACUCCAAGGGGGAGGGGGAAGAAACGGCGGCGGCGGCACUCCCGCCUUGGGUCGCGGCGGCCGACGUCCGCGCCCUGCACCGCAUCCACGCGGCGGCACUAAAGCGGCUUGAGGGGCGUCGGGCGCGCUCGCCGGAGCGCUUCAUCGACGCGAACCUCCCGGAGCCCCGCAUCACGGUGGCGGCGACGCGUGUGCUGUCGGUGGAGGACCAGGUGGUUGCCACCAAGGACGCCCGCCUGGCCGUCGCGGAGAUGAUGAUCGCCGCCAACGAGGUCUGCUCCCGCGUGGCGCAGGCGAAUCACCUGCCCAUCCCCUACCGCGGCACCCGGGAGCUUUCCAUGGAUCACGAGGCGGCGCGCUUCUAUCGGGAGCCGCAGGGCGUCACGGCAGUGGCGUCGCUGGAUCCGCAGUACGUCUAUUUUGCCGAGGCGAUACAGCAUGCCAUUCGGCAGCUGAGCGCCGUCACGCGGGCCGUCUACUUUCACACACCCAUUCACCACGCCGGGCUUAACACGUAUAACUACACCCACAGCACGAGCCCGCUGCGGCGCUACGCAGACAUGUUGGUGCACCACCAGCUAAAGAUGUGGCUCUGGCGCACCUCCGCACAGAACAUGCGCCGUGCCGCGUCGCCUGCCUCGCGGAAGGGAGCGCCACUGGCGAUGAUGAUUGACCAGCCCAUCGCUGAACACACCAUGGCCACGCUGUGCUCCAUGAUAAGCAAUAAGCAGGAGCAGUCUAGAAUCUUGCAGGACAGCAGCCAACGCUACUGGCUACUGAGGCACAUUGAGCAGAACAUUCUCACAAAAGAUCGUAACCAUCGCUUCAUUUGUCUGGUCGGCGACACACGUGGCGUGGAGAGUGCGCCGGAAUACACACGCUUCAUGGAUUCCCCGCACUUGGACCACUCCCGAGCGGAGAACGAGGUGGGUGGUGCGUCGACCCCCGCGACGUUGCAGGGAGCCAAACGAACGGUGCCGCUGCGUGGUCGGUGGCAACAGCGACGCCACGAAUACCGGUAUGUGUCGGACAUUUACAUCCCGGAACUGCAGUUCGCACAUGUGGUGCUCCACAGCCUGCCGAACGUGGUGAUUGGGGCGGUGGUGGAGUGUGGGGUGGUUGCCGUGCACCCCACGCAGGGGCAGCUCACACUAAGGGUGGUCAGCGUGUGGGAGGGCGGGGACGAGCGUCGCUUUGAGGGGGUGUGGAAGCGGGCGCUGCUGCCGACGCUUGACUCGUGA